AUGUCACCUGUAGCUACUCAACACCUUGAUGCCUCACACGGCACUACACUCAUCAAAGACCCUCACGUAUCGGGCAAAGCGUCCACUCCCGAUACCGAAAAGCUGGUCAUCAAUACCAUAAGAUGUCUCGGUGCCGAUCUGUGCCAACAGUACAAGGGUGGGCAUCCCGGGACAGUGAUGGGUGCCGCUGCUAUUGCUACUGCUCUUUGGCGAUACAGUAUGAGGUACAACCCUGUUAAUCCAGAUUGGAUCAACCGAGAUCGGUUCGUUCUUUCCGCUGGACACGCAUGUCUCCUUCAAUACAUUCUGCUUCAUCUAUCCGGAUAUCCUACCUGGACCCUCGACCAAAUCAAGAAAUAUCAUGCCCCAACUAUGGAUGGUAUAGCCGCCGGUCAUCCCGAAAUCGAAUAUCCAGGUAUUGAACUGACCACCGGUCUGUUGGGUCAAGGUAUCGCCAAUGCCGUUGGUCUUGCCAUAGCGAACAAGAAUAUGGCCGCCACCUACAACAAGGACGGUUACCCAAUCAUAGAUAACAAGGUUUGGUGUUUCACUGGAGAUGGAUGUUUGCAAGAAGGUAUUGGACAGGAAGCGAUCUCCAUGGCUGGUCAUUGGGGUCUUGACAACCUUAUCCUUGUAUACGACAACAACUCAGUCACUGUUGAUGGUACCAUUGACAUCUGUUUUACCGAUGAUACUUCUGCCAAACUAAGAUCUAUGGGAUGGCACAUUCUGGAGGUCGAUGAUGGGUCUAAUAACCUGGCAGCUAUCGUCGAAGCCUUUGAUCAAGCUAAAUCUUUCACCGGUAAACCCGUAUUCAUCAACAUCAAGACGGUCAUUGGUAUCGGAUCAGCCAAUCAAGGUAGUGGGAAGGUACACGGAGCCGCAUUAGGUGAGGACGAUGUUGCCAACGUCAAGAAAGCUCUCGGUUUCGAUCCUAAGGAGAAAUUUGUCGUGGCCCCAUCGGUUUACGAUUACUUCAAGGAGUCAAAGGCUAGAGGCGAGAAGGACGAGAAGGAAUGGAACGAGCUUUUCAGAAAAUAUACUGAAGCUUAUCCAGCUGAAGCCAAAGAAUUCCAAAGAAGAUUAGCAGGUGAACUACUUGAAGGUUGGGAAAGCAAUCUACCUCUCAAGGCUUCUCUACCACAAGACCCAAAAGCCACGAGACAAUCUAGUGGAAUCAUGCUCCGAUCGGUCGUACCUCAUGAUAAUUCUUUCUUGGUCGGGAGUGCCGAUCUGUGUGAAUCAACCUUUGUCAACUGGGAUAAAAUGGUGGAAUUCCAAAACCCCAAAUCUAGUUAUGGCGAUUAUUCUGGUCGUCAAAUUAGAUACGGUAUCAGAGAACACGCCAUGGUAGGUGUAGCAAAUGGUCUGGCUGCAUGGCAUAAAGGGGCGAUUGUACCUAUCAUGUCCAGUUACUUCAUUUUCUGGUUAUACGCCGCUCCAUCCUUGCGUAUGGCCGCUUUAAUGAAGCUCCGAUUCAUCGCCAUUGCGACACACGAUUCCAUUGGUGUCGGGGAGGAUGGGCCAACCCAUCAACCUGUGGCUUUCCCACUUUUCCUGAGGGCUCUGCCCAAUUUCAACUACAUCCGACCUGCAGAUGCUGAAGAAGUUGCAGGAGCAUGGAUUUUAGCCUUGAAAGAUUCCCAACACCCUAGUUUACUUUCGCUUACUCGACAACCUGUACCUCUCUUGGCUGGUACCGAUCGAACUCAGGUCCAGUUUGGUGCUUAUAUCGUUCACGGCGAUGCCCGUGAAGUACCUGACAUCACUCUUGUCGCCACUGGUUCGGAAGUCGCUCGAGCUGUCGACACCGCCAAGCUGCUUUCUGACUACAAAGUCAGAGUUGUGUCGAUGCCUCAUAUGGGAAGAUUCGACCAGCAAUCAGCUGAAUAUCGAAGAUCGAUUAUCCCUUCCAGCAAAUCAUUGGUCAUCGCCAUCGAACCAUACUGUUCUUUCGGGUGGGCAAAGUACGCUCAUGCUGGUGCACACAUGACUGGUUUCGGUCACUCGGCUCCCUACAGCACUUUGUUCGAACACUUUGGUUUUGGCCCCAAAAACUUAGCUGCUAAAAUAUCUGCUUGGGCUGAGACCAGGAAGAGCUCUCAAGGCUGGGAUUUACCCGGUGUGGGCGAAUUCGAAGAGCUUCUCUUGCAUCAGAAUCAGGGGCAUUAA